GGUGAGGCGGGCGAGGACGCACUGAUGCUGACGCGCAUGAAGGGCGAGGCAAGCGGCGACGUGUGCUUUGCAGUUGCUGACGGCGUUGGCGGAUGGUCUGAGAACGGCGUUGAUCCGGCUCUGUUCAGCCAGUCUCUGAUGUUCCACGCUUCUCAGCAUGCAUCCCAAUUCUUUGCUUCGCCGGAUCGCUUGGAGGAGGAGGAGGAUCUGAUGUCCGAUGUGGCCCCAUCCUCAUCCUCCUUUUCUUCGUCUUCGUCCUCUUCAUCUUCCUCAUCCAAAUUAUCAUCAUCAGGCGCUUCAACAUCUACCGCAGCAACAACUCCCCCACCUUCUCAUGCCUCUUCUCAGAGCACAAGCAGCAGUGGCUCCCCCUCGGACAUUCUCACAUAUGCCUACGAGGCCACAUUGAAACAACGCGAGGUGCCCGCAGGGAGUGCAACGGCAUGCAUCUUGACCUUUGACAGCACCCGCGGCACGCUCCGAAGCGCCAAUCUCGGCGACAGCGGCUUCCUCAUCCUCCGCACCAGCCCCUCCUCAUCCUCGUCCUCCUCUUCUGCCCCUGCCUCGGAAGCCCAAUCGAGCAGCAAGGUGCUCUACGUUUCCAAACCGCAGACGCACGGCUUCAACACGCCACUGCAGCUCUCGAAGCUGCCGCCGCAGUACCGGUUCGACGGCUCGAUUGACUCGAAACCGGCGCAUGCCGAGCAGAAGGAGCACCAGCUCCGGGAGGGCGAUGUCGUCCUCGUCGCUACGGAUGGCUACUGGGACAAUGUCUCGGCCGAUGAGACGGUGCAGCUCGUCCGCUUUGUCAGCGACAAGCACCGGGCUGGCUGGAAAGAGCAGCAGCAAGCGGCGGGCGUGGACUCGUCGUCCGCGGAUGAGGGCCUGGACGAGGAAAGGAGCCUGGCUCAGGUCCUUGCGCACAACCUCGUGGAGUACUGCCGCAUGUGCCAAUUCUCAACAACCAAGACGUCGCCCUUUGAGCGAGAAGCGGCAAAGCACGGGAUCCACUACCCGGGAGGAAAAGUAGACGAUGUUGCCCUGAUUAUCGCUCUGAUCACGGAGCGAUGAG